ACUGUUGAAUCUGCGGAAGUUAAUGAUCAGAUAUCAGGGUUUGUUUAGGUUGUCUUGGUAAAGAUGUCUGCCGCGGAGGAGGAUACAGAGCUGCGGGAUCUUCUUAUUCAAAACUUAGAAAAUAACGGCGUUCUCAAUAAAAUCAAGGCAGAACUUCGUGCUGCUGUGUUUCUUGCCUUGGAGCAGCAGGACAAAGAAGAGAAUAAACCUCCACUGGUCAAUGAAAGUCUUAAGAAGUUUCUCAAUACCAAAGAUGGGCGUUUAGCUACCAGCCUCGUCAUUGACUUCCUGCAGGUGUUUAAUUUGGAUUUCACACUUGCUGUCUUCCAGCCUGAAAUAAAUACACUCAAUGGGCUGGAGAACCGUGAGGCAGCCACUCAGGAACUGGCCAUUGGGGACCUGGAUGACCAGAAGGAGGCACCACUCUUGCUGGAGCUUAUCAAGAGGAACAGACAAAAGGACAAGCCUUGUGUGUCAACCGAGGAACUGUCACCCAGGCAGGUUACAGACGCAAGAAGAAAAUUUGACACUUACGACAAGGAAAGACGUGGCGAAAUCACAACGGAAAACUUGAGAAUUCUGUUUUCGGACGUCUGUCCUGGCUUCCACAAGAGUGUCUUGGACCAGCAUGUGAAUGAGGAACUCGCUCUCGACAGGAGCCUCGGCAGCACUGUGAGCUUUCAGGACUUCCUGGGAUUGUAUAAGCGCUUCUUUCAUCAGUGUAGGAGUGUGUUUAGCGGUGAUGGAUCUGAUACAACGUUGGCUCCAGCUAAACUGCAUGAGGAGAAACUCGGUACAUCCUUGUCGAGUAAGAUACCCAGGUAUAAAGGACUAAUUAAACACAAUGAGGAAAUGGAAACAGCUGCUCCUAAGGCUUCAGAGGCCAAUCACAGCAGUACCACUUUGACCACUGACUCUCUGAAGAAUAGAAGUCAUGUGCAGUUGUCAUCCCGGGAGCCAGGUCGCGAGGACAACCCCCCAACAGAAACCCGGAAUCUGGACCCAGGGCUGGAUGACGAUGAAGAUGAGGGCGAUUCAUUUUUUGAUGAUCCCUUGCCCAAGCCGCAGAAAACAUAUGGCUGCAGCACCAGGGUCUCCUUUGCCGACAAAAGCAAUGCAGGGUCAAGUUUCUCCACAAAGAAGAAUGGCCACAAAGAUGUAAACCCCUCAGAGAAGGACAAAAGUGUGUGUGGGGACUCCUUUUCCCAGAUGAGGAGGAUGAGUAGCCUCACCGACCUGUCUGCCAUAAACAGCGACUCCGAGGACGACCCUGUGGGGGACACCUUUUCAGACCGCGCUAGCGGGGCCCUGCGUAGCGCCGAGACAGACGCCAGGAUAAACGUCAGUAAACCUGCGGGUGCCCAGCUUGGCGCUGUGAACGACGGCCCCCCGCCCCGGAGCAGUGUGUCAGUGCAGCUGGUGCAGAACGACCUACAGGAGCACCGCAGCGAUGAAGAAGAUUAUGAUGAUGAUUUUAACAGCACCAGCCAUCGGUCAGAUAACUCGAAAAGCGAGGUGAGCAUCGGUGAGGACAUCGACGAGGCCUCCGUGGAGGGUCCCGAGGGCAGCGAUAAGGUGUCGGAGCUAGAAGAGCUGACCCAGGACCACAGCGUGUCGCAGCUCAGCCAGGCCGCCGACUACAUGGAGGAGGUAGCCUGACGGCCUAAUUCCCCUCUCCCAGUCGUCGCAGAAGUUACACGCGGUACUUCCGCACACACGCGUGUGCGAGUGAGUCACAGCCGAGCUGGAACCUCGAACACUCUUUGCCACCUGUUUUGGGAGACUAAUCAAAAUGCUGGAUGGAUAUUUAUGACCUCGAAGGACUGCUUUUGAGGAGGGUACAAUAAUCCACACGUGGCUUGAACUAUGUUCCAAAAAAUAUAUAUGAUGAUGUGAUCCUCUCUGAAGGUCAUGCUUGUGAACCCAGACGGCAAUUUGUGCUCUGUGGGUUGGUAUCAUCAGUUAUGGAAAGAGAAGUGGACCACAAAGGAUAUCUGACCUGCCUUGCAUUAAAACCCGACAUCCUGUCCUGGCUGCUGGGCUGUUCUCAGGGUUGCUGUGAAUCCCCACAUUUUUUCCAAACCUGCUUCCAAACAUAGUGCAAAUUCAAUUUGAAGUCUAUCAUUGGUACAUUUACUGUUUUCUGACAGAUAUAAUUUAGCUUCAUGCAUUAUAGCUACAUCAGUAGUUGCUUAUGUAUUAUUAGCACUGCUGAAGUAGUUUAAACGUGGCAACCCUGAGAGACAGCUCUGUCCUGCGUCUUCGGACAAGAUUUAGUUUUGAAUGUCGCAGUAAAUUGAUCCAGAAAGGCUGCUUUGCUCUAAGCCUCUGUUUUCCAUGUCUAGCUUAUGCUUACAGGCCUGUUUUAGCUUUCGUGAAACUUUUUCAAUGAACACACUAUCUGUUAGUGAAUGUGGACCUUUCCCGCUCCGUCACACAGCUACGAAACACUUGCUGUGUUGCAUUUUUCCGUAUCAUAACUAUCCAGCAUGCGUUUCUGUCGUCUGUCCAAUCACAAACAAAACUUUGGGUUUUACUCGAGAAAAUUCUGAGGUGUAAUUAAUUGUAGUGUAUAUUAUGGGGAAUGUACAUCAUUGGAGAAAUUUAAUAAACACAAUAUAGAA